AUGAAGCGUCUUGUAAGCAGCGACAGCGACGUCGAGGUUUCAGAUCAAUCCACAAACAUCCGUCGAAGAAACGUUCGAUCACUCAUCGCCAGUCUCAGAGGCUCGGUAUCCCCUCCACCGCGAAAAAAAGCAGCCUUGACAGAGGGUAAUCCUAACGUGGCUGCGAUCGAAGCAGGCGAUUGUCAAGUCAAGAACCACCUCGAAAUCCUUGCGGACAAAUUGCGCAAUCAUUGUCGGCCGCUCAAUCUCUCGCAUCCAGUACCGCGGUUGGCUAUCGAGGAUUACGUUGAUCUCUACCGACGCAAUUGUCAUCCAACAGGCAGGCAUUUUGUGAUCCAUCAACAUGAUCAUCCCAUCGCUGGACCACACUAUGAUCUCCGUCUGCAGUUCUCCGAGACGAGUUCCGUGUCAUGGUCUAUUAUGUACGGAUUACCGGGUGAUCCGAACAGCGAGAGGCUGAAUCGCAAUGCUACUGAGACGCGCGUUCAUUGUUUAUGGAAUCAUCUUAUCGAAACCGCAUCCGCCAAGACCGGGAGCCUCAUCAUUUGGGACACGGGUGAAUAUGAAAUUCUCCCUUAUGAGAAUUCGGGAAAUACGACAGGUCCCCAGACUGAUGAGUCAGGGUCCGAUAGGUCCCCGUCUCUAUGCGGGGAUGGUGAUGUCCAGGCAAAAUCUAUUUCGGAUAGCGCCAAGCUAAAACAAGCCUUUCAUAGCCGCAAAAUACGCCUUCGUCUCCAUGGAACCCGCUUGCCCAAGGGGUACACCGUGCUUUUGCGGAUGGACAAAUCUACCGACUUCCAUCGUCCGGUCAGAAAGGGGCCCACACGCAGAAGACGGCUGGCUGCGAAUCCUCAAUCGCCGCCACCACCGGUGUCAACCUCGGACUCUGAUUCAGAAUUGCAACAGCCGACAUCACCCUCCUCAAGAAAGGAGAAAGCCAUGACAACAGAAGGACAGGCAACCACACCUGACUCAAAGAAUCGGAGAGAUGAUCCCAGUCAUUUACCCAAGGAGGAGAUCGACUAUCAAAUACGAAAAAACAACGCCUAUCCUGGAUCUUUUAAUACUGUUGGAUCAAUACACCAGCGAACAUGGUACCUCAGCAUGGACCGGGCAGGUUCAGGAUUUGAGCCUCAAAAGAUUGACCUUGGCGAUGGGCGAUCCAAAAGACUCUGGGUUCGCUCUCAAAAUGGACUUGAUUCAUCGACCAAAAAACGAGGAUUUGAGCCCUUUCGCGUGCAUGGUCCUCGGGUUGAAAGUAGUGUGGUCACAGGACGUUUGGGACAGGAUGUUCUCGAAGAUGAGGGCGUGCAAGGAUUCAUUGCUCGGAAGGGAUGGAGGCCUGUCCUGCGAUAG